AUGAAGUUACUGGGCAGUAUCAAGCACGACAAUGUGGUUAUUCCAAGGGGAUACCAUUUCUCCAAGGAUUAUAAGUUCAUUCUGUAUGAUCACUACGAGCAAGGGAAUGUUUCAGCCAUGCUACAUGCAUCAAAUGUUUUCCUGAAUUCGCAUAGAUAUGGUUGCAUUUCUGAUCUUGGCUUUGCAAACUUGAUAAGCCCAGCAAUGCCACCGUUCAUGUGGAUUGGUGGGUAUGCCGCACCAGAAGUCGUGGACGCUGGCAUAGUGUCCCAGGCAUCUGAUGUCUACAGCUUUGGAGUACUACUGCAUGAACUUCUCACUGGGAAGUCCCCAAUAAAUUAUAGAGUCAACGAUAAGGCUGAAGACUUUGUCAAAUGGGUUCACUCUAUUCUAAGGGAGGAGUGGAACGUUACAUUUAAUUUUAUAUGUACCAAUAUAGGAGAAUUGGUAGAAAUACUAAAAAUUGGGAUGAGUUGCGUUGCAAGAGUGCCGGAGCACAGACCGAAAAUGUCAGAUGUAGUGAAGAUGAUGGAAAAUGUGGGAAAGCUAAAUGCGGAUUUGGAUUACAGCCCAUUGCUAGUCUCGGAAACUCCUUCAACGAAUUUUGAGCAUUCCGGGCUUAGAUUUCCAGCUAAUCUGUCUUUGACAGCGGUUUUUGCAGCUUUUGUGGUUUGUUUCUCGGGACUUUAUGCUGAUGUUAUUCAUCCUGCUCUUGUGGAUAGAAUUAAGGAAGGCCUGAAGAGAUGGGAGGAGGUUUCAGUCAAUUUUUGUCUACUUGAAGAUAAAUGA